AUGGGGUCCAUAGUAUCUGCCUAUACCAGUCGUGUGACAACCUCGAAGCAGGCUAGCAACACAAAUGUGGAAGAGGAUGAUUUGUUGGAUGAAAGAGACCGAGAGGAAGAUAUUGCACAAUUUCCUUAUGUAGAAUUUACUGGUCGGGACAGCAUUACCUGCCCUUCCUGCCAGGGAACUGGAUGCAUUCCAACAGAGCAAGUAAACGAGUUGGUUGCAUUAAUACCAUACAGUGACCAGAGACUGCAGCCCCAAAGAACAAAACUGUAUGUUGUGCUGUCGGUACUAAUGUGCCUCUUCAUAUGUGGUCUGGUGAUGUUCUUUCUUUUUCCGCGUACUUUGGUGGCGGAGGAUGGCGGCAUUCGAAUGGUACGAGUGUGGUUCGAUAAGGAAAAUGCCAUUGUCAACCUUGCUAUGACGAGCACACUAAGAUUCACCAAUUCCAACUUUUAUGCAGUCUCUGUGGAUAGCUUGAUUAGCCAAGUACAGUAUAUGAACACAGUCAUUGGAACUCAACAGCAGACCAAUGUGUCUGUCAUUCAGCCACUCAGCGAGAAAUUGGUAAAUUUCACAGUGAAACUUGAGUUGGGUGGAAUCCUUUCAUAUUUAUACAACUUCUGCACAUUAUCUACAGUGAAAGUGCACAACAUUGUUGUUUUUGUGCGAACAUCGGUGAAAUUUUCCUACGUUGGACACACUUCUCAGAGUUCUUUGGAGACAUACCAGUAUAUUGACUGUGGAGCAAACUCAACUUUAUUAGUUGACCACCAUGCAUUAUAA